GCGGUUCACUAUUUUCCUCUUGCUAUAUAGCCCCUAAUCCUACAGUCCUCUAAUUCUUCCACCCUCCACACAUACGCUCAACAGCCUAGACCCAACUGACAGUUGAUCUGGACUGUCCGUGAUAAUCGAGCUCCGGUGGCUAACACAAAACGCUCUUUCAUCGUUCCGACUUGCGACAAGCUCACGAAGAACACCCCCUUCAGUACGACCUUCCUCCGAACUACCAUCUUCAACUCCGGUGUCAACUACAACAACACUUACUUGACUCGCAAAGCGACAGAAAACAACCAUGACGCCUCCAAUUUCCCACUCCUCUGUUCAAUACAUUCCUGUCGAUGCCAAAGUCUGGGAUAUGAUCUUUCUUGACACGAAAACUAAGGUCAACAAGAAGAAGAAAGACGCAGCUGCUGUCGUAGCUACCUCCCAGAUCACAGCCAAAGACAUUGACAUACGCGACUGGUCCUUCGCCGACCGUCAAAUGCUAGUCAAGGGUGACCGUGUCCAGAUCUUUAUCGACGGCGUGCUUAUAACGACAAUCUCGAAGCCGUUGCUUCGCGCAACUUCUGCAACGGUUGGCGACAUUCUCAAAGACGGUACUAUCGAGCUGCCAGCAGACACUGACGAGAGCGGUGUAAUCCGUGUGGUAGAAUAUCUUGAAGCCAUCGUCAAGGUCACUGCGAAGCCGCUUCCUUUUACUCGCGCGCUGGAUAUGGCCAAGACAUUAGGUACUAGUCACGAGCGUCUUUUCAAGAUUGUCGUCAAUGGCCUCGUCAAGCAUGUAUGGGAAGGCACGAUACCGGAUCCUGAAGACUUCGCUGUCUAUCUAGCACAAAACCCUGUUCUCGACGAUGCCAUCAAGAUAGCGAUCCAGAAGCAUGACUCCUAUCUCCGCAAAAUGGAGAGGCUUGCCAAACGCGGUGCCCGAGAGGAAGCGAAUCAGGCUCGUCACGAGGCCUAUCUCCAGGAGAAGGCUAAGCGUGCGACCAAGAAACAGGCAGACGAGAAGGCCUUCUUCGCUGCGAAGGCUUCGAAAGAUGCGGCCUUGGAAAAAUCUAUUCAGAAGAAAAUCCGGGCUAGCGAGCCAAAGGAGAGGAGGUUCACCGCAGAGGAGAACGUGCACUACUGGCGCAUGUACAGCAAGAAGCCGCCUCAAGGCUGCUAG